GAGAGAUUAAAAAAGUAUAUAUGGAGAGAUUACUACUUUGUGAAGUAACUGCUACUAUUAUGGCUCAACUUUUUGCUUUGUUGGGAAUUGAUCCUCUGUCACGCAUGUGAAUCGAGUACCUUUGUUACAUACGUGAGAUGUAAAAGCUGAAUGUUCAAGAAUUCAGACAUACAGUAUUCUAAAAAGGUGACUCAUUUAAGUGAAAGAUAUUUUUCUUACUGGGUGAAAAUAAAUGUGGGAUACAAGAAAUGAAAAUAUUUCGGCUCGUGAAGACUUCUUCUCCAAGUUUUUUUUAGCUAAUUUUGUGUUAUUCAGUGAAGUUUUUUGAAGAAUGUUGUUCUUUUGUGCUUUUAUUUAUUGAGAACUUGAAAAAUUACAUGCUAUUCUUGUGCUAUAAUCAAUUGGAAGAACAUGCAGAACUUCAUUCUUUAAGACAACGCUCCUCAAUAGCUUAAAAUGAUGUAAUAUAAAAAAGUUUCUGUUGUUGAGACAUCUUUUGUUUUGAAAAAAUGUAAAUUAAUUUAUUAAAAGAAUGGAAUUGAAAUUUGUGAAAAAAAGAGUUCUACUCUCGCAGUAUAAUAAUGUAUAUUUUCUUAUAUGAAGAGACUACCAAGCAAUGCAUGCACUGUACCCCUGUUACAAUUUCUCAUACAGUGUAGUAAACAAGCAGUAUACCACUAAUUAUUGUCCGUUUAGAGUAAAAGGCCUCAAAAACAGGUGAGGGGCUUACAGACCUUAUGUCCUCAGAGGUUAGGCAACACAACUUACUUGAUUUGAGAGAACACUGUGUAGGCAUUGCUACUAACAUUGUGGUUUCCCCUAAAGUGCAUGAUGACUCAAAAUAUCCACAAAUCAGAUUCCUACAAUUUUCUCUAGACAAAUGCUAGGUACUGCUAUAAGAACCCAAUUAUCGUCUCCAAAAGUGAUGGCCAUUGAGACCUGAUAAUAAAGCAACCUAGUGGAACUAAAACAGCACAUACAUUCUUGUAUUAUUUAUCAUGGCUCCACAAUAUUAUACUACAGUAUAAGUAUUUAUACAGUAGCACAGCUCAGCUUGUUUUUUGGCUUGUUAGGGUUACGCACACAUACAAUUUGCGAUCCUGGCAGUGCCCAAGAAUACGAAUUUCUUUGUAAAAUUAAUUAUUAUUAAAAACUGGCUAUUAAGACAAUUUGUAUUAUUUCUUGACCUUAUGGUGUUAAUUUCCUAGGAUUUCAAGGGAACUUCGUCAAAUAACUUGUAAAAUUUCAUUGAACUAAUGUUUUAACCUUAUAUUUGACAUGUAUCAGAACAUACG